AUGGAUAGUAUAACAACCUUAGUACGCGAGCCGUUCACCAUAAAACCGGCUUUAUUCGCUGAGAAUCGAAAACGUUUGGUGGAUGAGCUGAGGAAGAAGUUGGGUGGUACAAAAGGAAAUGUUGUCGUUUUAGAAGGUGCUAGCACAUCUGAAUUAAUUCUGGCUGGUAUAUUGCGAAUUUGGAAAGUUAUUCAAAAAUGUUCCUCUUCUAUUUUUCAGGAAUCAUAUUUCUUUUGGACGUUCGGAGCUCACGAGAGUGAGUCUUUCGGUGCAAUUGAUGUAGAUUCCGGGAAAUCGAUCUUAUUCCCGCCUAAGUUGCAUCCGGAUUAUGCAAUUUGGGAUGGAAAAAUUGAACCAGAAAGUUGGUUCAAAAAAACCUACGAAGUGGAUGAGGUGCACUUCAACGAUGAGAACACAAUCAGUGAAAUGCUAAAGAAUCUGGGCGCAAAGCAGUUACUUUUACUGAAGGCUGAAAAUACGGACAGUGGUAAUACGUUGGAACCAGCCAAUUUUAAAGGAAGAAAUGAUUUCGCUUGUAAUACAGAGUUGCUCUAUCCAAUCAUGGCUAAUUUACGAGUGUUCAAAACCGAUAAAGAACUUGAAGUUAUGCGAUAUUCGUGUAAGGUAGCAUCGGAAGCGCAUAAGGCAGUGAUGAAACAUGCUAAACCAGGACAAUACGAAUACCAACUUGAAAGUGGAAUGAAUGGAGCCGUACUGCAUUAUGGACAUGCAAAUGCACCAAACCGCAAGAAAAUCCUCGACGGUGAUUUGUGUCUAUUCGAUAUGGGACCGGAAUGUGAAUGUUACGCAUCUGAUGUAACAGUAACUUUUCCGGUUAACGGAAAGUUCACCGAAAACCAAAAAUUGAUCUACAAUGCUGUUCUGCGAGCAAAUCGAGAAGUGUUCAAAGCAGCAAAGCCCGGAGUGCGAUGGGCUGAUAUGCAUUUGCUGGCUGAACGAGUCAUGUUAACUGAUCUGAAAGCAGGAGGUCUUCUGAAGGGGGACGUAGAUGAAAUGCUAUCGGCACGUCUUGGUGCUGUGUUCAUGCCACACGGUUUGGGACAUUUACUCGGACUGGAUGUGCACGAUUGUGGAGGUUAUCUCGGGGAUGCAACGCCACGUUCAAAAGAGCCAGGAUUGAAGUCACUUCGGCUGACACGUACACUUCAAGAACGAAUGGUGGUUACGAUUGAGCCUGGCUGCUAUUUCAUCGAUACGCAAUUGGAAAAGGCGCUAGCUGAUCCGGCAAUGAAGAAAUACAUCAACGAAGAUAGACUGAAUGAAUUCAAAGGAUUUGGAGGGGUUCGUAUCGAAGAUGAUAUAGUGAUUUGGGCGAGCGGUAACGAAAUGCUGAACGAUGUGCCGAGAACAAUUGAAGAAAUUGAAGCUUUUAUGAGAAAGUGA